AUGGCGGGACUAGGAGCGAUUGUGCGAAAUUACAGAUUUGUGAUCGGGUCACUGACUGCUGUCAUGCUGAUCUUGCUACUGCGGUCAUCAUCUGGCUCCUCCGGUUCUUCUGGAGUGAUACUAGAUUCUAGCAAAGAAGAAGGUGGCACCGUAAACGUACUACCAAUCGUCCCCACACCCGGAUAUAUCGACGAUGCGAACUCGCAAUCAAAGAACCCCGACGUUGCGGAUGCUGUCAAGGAGAGCCUCAAGCAAUCUCCAGAUAGUAAGUACUCUAAUGCUCCGUGCGAUAAACCACACCAGUACGUGAUAAUGGUAGACGCAGGGUCUACUGGAUCACGUAUACACAUCUAUGAGUUCGAUGUCUGUACUCAACCUGCUUCCCUGCUUCACGAGACAUUCAAGAUGCUGAAACCAGGACUCUCACAUUUUGACACCGAUGCUAAGGCUGCGGCCUUGUCUCUGGAUGAGCUACUCGACAAGGCUUUGGAAGUGAUUCCCAAGGAGAGACAGGGUUGUUCUCCAGUAGCUGUAAAGGCCACGGCAGGUUUGCGGAUGUUAGGUGAAGCGAAAUCUGAUAAGAUUUUGCAAGCAGUCCAGACACACUUGGAAACAGACUAUCCGUUCCCAGUGGUAGCAAAGGAUGGUGUAGUAUUAAUGAGCGGUGAAGAAGAAGGUGUCUAUGCAUGGAUCACAGCAAAUUUUCUCUUGGGUAACAUCGGGGCGGGGUCCAAGCUUCCCACAGCUGCGACCUUUGACCUUGGCGGUGGCUCAACACAAAUUGUCUUUGAACCUAGCUAUCCUCCCAACGAGAUGAUGCUCGAUGGGGAAUAUAAAUAUCCAUUGAGCUUCGCAGAUCACGAUUACACUUUGUAUCAAUUUUCGCAUCUGGGUUACGGUCUUAUGGAAGGUAGAAACAAAGUGAAUGCACUACUAGUCGAAACCGCUCUCAAGGAUGGACUUAUUGAAAAAAGUAACAAAUCUCCAAAGCUCUCGUCACCAUGUCUACCACCUGGAACUGUAGCUUCGGACGUAAAGGUUACUCUAGAAAACGGGGACGAAUACUUGGUCACUUUCAAAGGUCCUGUUACUCCAGCAGGAGCUCAGUGUCGCUUUUUGGCUGAUAAAAUCUUGAAAAAGGAUGCCGCGUGCACAUCGCCACCUUGUUCUUUCAAUGGUGUUCAUCAACCUUCGCUAGUGCGGACUUUUAAAGAGACCAAUGACCUGUACGUUUUUUCGUACUUUUAUGACAAAACCCAGCCUUUGGGUCUACCGCAUUCGUUUACGCUUGGAGAACUCGCUGAUGUCGCUCGCAUGGUGUGUAACGGCGAAGAUGUAUGGGAAAGCGUUUUCAGCGGCAUCGAGGGUUCCAUCGCGGAGCUGAAGAAGGAGCCAUUAUGGUGUCUGGACUUAUCUUUCCAGUUCUCCCUACUCCACACGGGUUACGACAUUCCACUAUACCGCGAACUUAAGACCGCAGAUAAAAUUGCCAAUAAUGAGCUUGGCUGGUGCCUUGGUGCGUCCUUGCCACUACUAGACGGGAAGGAUUGGAAAUGCAAGUCCUCUAAGUCUUAA